AUGACAUACGUCGAGCCACUGGCACUCUACCUGAUGCUCUACCGCUACGUGAAGGGGCCUGGCGCGACCGCUGUCUUUCCGGGAUCGUAUAACCAUUACAUCCAUACAUACACACCCUCCUCGCAGGAUAUCAUUGUGCGCUCUGAACUAUACCUGUCGAUCGAGAAGCCAGAUCAGGCGCAUGGGGAAGCAUUCAACACAGCUGACAACCCAACCCCAGCGCCAUGGACUAUUGCCUGGCCACAGUUGCGCGAGUACUUUGACCUUACCGCUCAAGGCUCGAGCCCUGAAGACAAAGGCUGGAAGGACAUUGACAAGUGGUGGAUUGCGCACGCGGACGAUUACAAGAAAAUUUGCAAAGACUAUGGUCUGCGCCCGCGCGAGAUUCUUUCAGAGACUUGGAUUCCGCUUUCGGCAGGUUUCACCUUUUUGGGGAGGGACCGGGAGAUGUGCCUGGAUAAGAUUCGGGGUCUGGGGUUUAGGGAAGAGUAUCCGGUUGGUCAUGGGUAUUUUCGGGUGUUUGAGCGGUUGGUGGAGGAGAGAAUUAUUGUUGGUAAAGAAAGUUGGUCGAGAUAG